AUGGUUAGAACUAGGGGUCUUGGUCGAACUUUAGGCCAAGCAAUAGGAAAAGUCCUGGGAAGGAGAGAGGCUAAUGACGAUGAUAAUGAUGUCCCUAGCGAUGAAGGCCUACCACAUCUGCCCGUAGGCAGCGACAACAGCGGACCCCAUGACACAUCAGUUCUUAGAGAUUUUGAAAAUCUCAUUGCUUUGAGAGUCUGGAAUGGAGAGGAACGUCCUGAACUGAAGCUAUAUCUUCCCAUGGAAGGAAGAUGGCUAAGUUCGGGAGGCCUACUCCAGAGAUUGAGGGCCUUGUGGCUGCCAGCGAAUAAGUCAUUUGAUCACAUGUUCCCUAGAUAUGGGAGAUCGAGGACUAAUAGCGGGACUUACGCUUGGGGUGUUGCUGCACUUGUGCAUAUGUAUGAUAAUUUAAAUGAGGUGUCAAAGAGCACGGCAAGGCAGCUUGCAAGAUAUAUCCCUCUAUUACAAUGUUGGAUUUACAAGCAUUUCCCGUCUAUUGGUUCCGCCCUAGCUGCCGAGGAUUAUGACGAAAGAAGACCAUGUGCAUGCCGAUGGACCUCUGGCAAGGCACUGUCUGUGUCGAUGUAUCGCAGGUGUCUGGAUAGACUGACCAAUGACGUUGUGUGUUGGAUUCCAUAUGGUGACCACCGUUCAUUUAGAGAAUUUGAGGUCAUCUCCUUGUUUUUCGGCCAUCUCAGAUGGGGUUCCUUGAUGGUCAUUCACCGACCGGAGAGGUUAGGGGAUUCUCCUAGAGUUCCGCCGGUUCAACAAUAUGACACAUUUGUUGAACCAGAUGUGCAUCAGCAACCGGUGUCGACAGCAGCACCUGAUGAAGUAGACAUUGAUGAUGGUUAUUUAGCAAUUGUUGAUAAGUUGGAGAGACUACUGAGAGACUACUAA